ACUGACCAUUUAGCACCAAUAGCAACUAUCGUACCAUUCACAGUUUCUGAUGUCUUCUUCAGGGUGUCUAAAAAGCUGGUAAACUUGCCAAGGUCCAUCCAGCAGAGUGUCUCGCCUGCAUCUGCAUCUGGAGGACGGAAACACGUCCUUCUGCUGGCUACGACUCGCACAGGCUCCUCUUUCGUUGGUGAAUUUUUUAAUCAGCAGGGAUCCAAUAUGUUUUACCUGUUCGAGCCGCUGCGGCAUGUGGCGCGCAUGUUAUCAGUCAAGACUGGCAGGACAAAUGCCACAGUCGCUGAACCAGUGUAUCGAGACGUUCUGCAUCAGCUGUUCCUCUGUAACUUUUCACUGCUGGAGAGCUUUAUCAAACCCCCACCGAAGGAUCAUGUGACCGCUGCGCUCUUCCGCCGUGGAUCUAGCCAGUCGCUGUGUGAAGAAUCCAUCUGCUCGCCGUUUGAUAGAAAAGUGUUUGAGCAAUUCCAUUGCCUUGAGCGGCGCUGCGGGCCGCUCAACCUGACGCUGGCCUCUCAGUCCUGCAUGCAGAAGAAACAUCAUGCGAUUAAGUCCGUCCGUGUGCAGCAGCUAGAGACGCUACGGUCGCUGGCCGAAGAUCCCAGACUCGACAUGAAGUUCAUCCAGCUGGUCAGGGACCCUCGUGCCAUUCUUGCCUCACAAAUGGUUGCCUUCUCCAGCGAAUACAAGAUCUGGAAGAGGUGGGCCGUGGACGAAGACCUUCCAGUGGACGAGGAUGAAGUGAGAAAACUUAAAGAAAACUGCGACAACAUCCGCAUGUCUGCUGAGAUCGGACUCAUGCAGCCACCAUGGCUUCGCGGACGUUACAUGCUAGUGCGUUAUGAGGACAUUGCACAAUUCCCCAUGCGCAAAGCUGCAGAGAUGUACGGCUUUAUAGGCAUUCCCUUCACCACAACGGUGGAAGAGUGGAUCCUAAAAAAUACUCAGGCAUCUAAGAAAGCCAGUGGAGUUUAUUCCACCCAGAGAAAUUCCUCUGAACAGGUGGAUAAAUGGAGGUUCAGAAUUCCCUUCAAGCUGGUCCAGCUAGUGCAGAAAGCAUGCGGCCAUACCAUGACUUUGUUCGGCUACAAGUUUGCUGAAAACAAAGACAUGUUGAUCGAUAAAUCAGUAAGCCUGAUCGAAGAGAGAACAUUCUUAUGAUACUAUACAUACUUCAUGAAGAAGAAUGCUUUUUUUAUAUUAAUUGCUAGUAAGUGAAAGCAAAUGUUAAUAUUUUGGGGGGUAAAAAUGCAUAAUUAAUUAAUUAAUUAAUUACAGUAGAAAAAAAUUUAGCUGCAAGCAGCGAUGAUGGGCCCAAGCCUGGUGCAACCCCCAACCCGGUGGCUUCAGGGCAACUGUGCACGGUGGGCAAUAGGCAUUUAAAAUGGGUAAACAUAAAAGGACUAAGUCAAAGUCAUUUGAAUACACCACAUUUACUGCAGCAGUUGGUGCCCAUAUGAUCACAAACCAUGGUUCCACAUCCAUGAGAUUGUUUAAAUUGAGAUGAAUUUCAUGUCAUAGGUCGAUUUCAAAUGAGUGUAGAAUAUCAUCCUAAUCUGCCAUGUUUGUGUUUUACUCAGACAACCUCUAUAAAAAUUCCAGAGCUAAUUACAUAUUGUUAUUUGCGCAAUUUCAAAUGUACUCUGAGAAAUGUAAUCCAGACUUAUUGACAUUGUCUGUGAUUGGUGAUGUUGUAUUAUCCUAACACUUCUCUUCAUGUGUUUUUUGACCUCCCUGAGCUAACGUUUUUGCACCAAUCUUAUGCAUCAAAAGCAUGCUUUAAUUUAAUUUCAAUAUGUGUGGUAUACAAUGAAAAAAUUAUUUUAAUAUCAGUCUCAGGUAAGAGAAAGAGAGAGAAACACAGAGAGAGAGAGAGAGAAUCCACAUUCAUACCAAAAUAUCUGACUUCCUGUUGGUCGGAGCUAAUGACUAAAUUAGAAAGUUGUCCGGCUUAAUGAGAACAACAUAUGUUCCAAGUUUGGUGACUGUAGGUUAAACUAACCCCCCACUUUUGUCAAAAGGUGGUGCUAUAGAGGCCCUCAUCCUCGCCCAUUUCUAAGGCUUUGCCCAUGUUUAUUAGAUGACUGCUAUUCAGAUGUGACCAGCCAACAGUGUAUAUUGGAAACAAUAAGUGUGUAAUAAUUUAACACUGCAUACUGUUGCACAAAUGCAGUUCAGAGUUCUUUAUUUGUCACAAACAUGUACAUUUGAUGCAAUGUAAACCAAUAAUAUCUUUUAAAGCAACAUAAAUCAGUAUAUGAUGAUGUAUGUAAUAUAUCUGUUUAUACAUGGCUUAAACAGACUCAUCAUGUGUACUCAUUCAAUAUAUGCUUUGAUGCAUGUAAACCUGAUGUAGGAGACCUGCUAAACAGUACUGAAGCAGAU